UACCUUAGCCUACCAUACGUCCGUUGAGUUUUGCUAUAGUGGACUAGCUUGAUUUCGUCAAGUUGCUCAAAUUGAAUUGAUAUUGACGGGGGAAGAAAUGGAAGCUACCUGGUAAAGCAAGGGGGCACGUAUCUGAACAAGCUAGUCGGUGAAGCAAGCAGCUCAAGGAUGAAAUGGGAAGCAAGCAACUGCUGUCGGUUGGUGUCUCUCGGCAGACAUGAAUUAGUUGCACAAGCAAGCUGCUGGCCAAGUAAAGGUUGGGUGCAUGAAUUAGUUGCACAAGCAAGCUGCUGGCCUUUCUCUCAGACAUGUAGCUGAAGCAUGUAGCUGAAGAAUGAUUAUGUCAAGUUCAUACUAUAAAUAGAGGGGCUAGACACUACACACCCUACUUCUAUACUCUGUUCUUCCUUUCUUGUAUUUGAAGUUAGCCGAAACUCUGUCCAUUUUCAUACCAAACUCUUGUUACCUCUCUCAUUUCGUUAAUCAUAUCUCGUAUUUUAUCUAUCGUGGUUCUCAUGUUCGUGUUCGUAUUUGGGAAUACCGUGGUAUAUUGCGUUAUUGAGAUUACUGACAUGCUAAAACACAACACCAAACUGCGACCAAGUGUAAUCGCAGUCCGGAAAUGCAGUAACAGGCAAGCUCGAAUUGUCAACCGGGGGUCUAGAUCUACUGCCUACUCCUUGAAUAUCUAUUAUCUAGCAAACUAAGUCGAGUGAUUGUUGAUUUAAGUAAAAGCAGUAAGAAAGCAGGAAAUGGUUCGGUUUUCUAAAGCAAGGGAAGAGUCACUCGGGAAUGAGUCCCCCUAGCUCCUUAGUUAGGUCACAGUUGUAAUUACUUUUGGUUGUUGUACUGCUGAUUAUACUGCGGAAGAUCCGACAGUAGCUUGGAAUCUCAUAAGCUGACCAAGCCCUCUCAGUGAAACUACCCAGCAAACGACUAGUCUUCACCGGGACAGAACACUGAGGCAAUGAACACAGAACUCCAAUACUGGAAUUAGAUUCCAGUACAAAGCAGUGAAUCGACUAACUCUCGUAUAAUCGAUUCACUACUACCUAUUGAAGAAGCUAUAACAACCUAAUCAAAUUCUAUCUAUCUCAGGUUGCAGCAGAAAUCAAUAAAAGAUGAUCAGACUUCAAUUGACUCAAUCAUAACACUUCAAUCGAUUAUAAUCAAGCAAUAUCACAAUCCAAACGUAAUUACAAUCAAGAUUCCUAACACAUGGAACUAGGGUUCUUCAUAGCCAAGUGAGAGAGAGUUCUACUCCAUAGAGAGAGAGAGAGGGAAACAGAAUACAAAGCAGUCAUACUCAUAACAAUGGGAAGAAUCUGCUCUGGGAUGAUGAUCUUCACUCCUAUGAUGAUCUCCAAGCUCGAUUGAUGAAACCCAGCUCCAAAAUCACUUCUAGGAUGUGUUCUUUGCACUUUUUCUCUCUAGGGCUCUGUUUUUGCUCCAAAAAGUCGAUUCCCUCUCAUUUGGCUUGAAAUUGGGUUAAAACCCAGAAAUUCCCGACCACACGGCCCGGCUACAUGGCCGUGUGGCUUUCCCAACUGCAUGUGUGAGUGUGCAAAACGCCGUGUUUCACUUAAGUGGCUUCAGGUCCCCUACACGGCCAAAACCACACAGCCGUGUGGAUUUCUAGGCUGCCCAUGUGAGCUCCCUGGACUUUCCACACGGCCACAAGGGGUCCCUUACCCGGCCAGUGUGGCUUGCCCGUGCAAUUUGGUGCCACACGGCCAGGUCACACGGUCGUGUGGGUUUUUAGACGUGCCCGUGUGGCUUCCUCAGCUUCUCGCCAAACGUCCAAUCUUCGUCCAAUCGAUCCCGAACUCGUUCCCAAACCUUCAUUCACGUACUAGGACUUUGAAAUAUCACAAACAAGAACAACCUAGUGUGAAAUCGGCCUAAAACACGAGAAAUAAGACUCAAACGGUGUAAGAAUGGUGGACUGAAACAUGUGUAUAUAUCAAGUCAUCAGUAUAGUAAGAAGGACAAUCAAAUAAUAAGUGAAUGUUAUAGGCUGAAGAACAAGAAAAGAAGGGGAUCUAGUGGUUUAGGCUUUACAGGCUCUAUUGAAACAGGCACAAAAGCUAACUCUAGUAUCCUGGGAGUUGCAUUUGUGAAUCAUGAUACACCAAACAGGAACAAUUCUUCAAGACUGGCUAGUCUACAACUCAGUAAUGAUUAGAUGGAAAGGCUAAGGAUGUUAUUACUUGGUUCCCCAUCAUCAUCUCCCUCACCACCAACCACUCCUUCAAUUAGACAUGCUGCAAAUGCAGCAAUGCCACUCAGCAUCAGCCUGUCAAUUUAGUUCAGGUACAAUAAUCCUCUCUACUCUUUUAUCUAGGAUAGUGGAACCAUUAUGGGUUCUAGACAUAGGUGCCACAGAUCACAUAAUCUUUGAUUUGAAAUACCUCUUGAAAUUUAGAACACUACAAGGUGUUUUUGUUAACUUACCAAAUGGUAAUAAAGUUCAGGCCAGACACAUAGGGAUAGUUGGACUUCCUUGUGGACUCUUCCUUUCUCAAGUCCUGUUUGUACAUAGCUUUAAUUACAACCUUGUUUCAGUCAACAAGCUUAUAAAAAACAACCCCAUCUCUCUACUUUUUAAUUCUUCUUUCUUUGUCAUUGUGAUAUCUCGAUUUUUGGGUUUAGGUGCAACAUCACCUACCAAGUGAAUUGGAUCAACAUGACAAGCCAAAUUGGCAUUUUGUUUCACCAUGUUUGGGUCAAGUUAGGGAGUAAAAAGGGCAGUGAGGCACUCAUGGUUACACAAGUGCUACAAGAAGGGUGUUGAUAGAAGGAAGUAUAAGAAGGGUGUUGAUAGAAGGAUGAGUUUCGAGCAAAUUUCGGUGACGAAAUUUUUAUAGGGGGGAGGGGGGAUUGACGACUUGAGUUUAGGUUCAACCUUAAUAUGUGAACAGUUGGAUUGAUGAUUACGUACAAAGAGCUACUACCGCAGAUUAGGAAUAAUAAUAAUAUUAUUAAUAUUAAUAAUAAGAUAUAUAUAUAUAUAUAUAUAUAUAUAUAUAUAUAUAUAUAUAUAUAGGGGAGAGUGCCAAGGCCUCUCCACAAACUCUCGCUAUCUCUGGUGCCCUCCCCACCCUAAGAAAUUCCCCAUCAAACAAUAAUAAACUCUUCCCUUUUCCCCAACCGCACGCAGCGGCACCAGAAGGAAGCCAACCCCUUCUUGGAAUCACAUGCAGCAGGGAAGUUCACCUCACCCUUGGCGUUUCCUUGAUCCGAACGGCCAAUAGAGAAAAGGAAAAGAAAAAGAAAGGAAGAAGAAAGAAGAGGACGCGAGUUCCCCACAAAAAUAGCCGCCUUUGCCUGUCCUCGCAUAAGUCUUGGAGUUAGUGCGGUUGCGGUGAGGGUUGAGGUUUCAAACAUCGAUCAACAAGGAAAUCAACGUUUAGAACCAUCCAACCUAGUCUUAACGUUUUAGAGGGUUUUCCAAGAUAAUCCAGCUAAGGAGGGAUUUCUUCGAGGAAGGAAUCGAGGAGUUAUCGUUUCGAGGUGUGCUAUGUAUGGAUGUAUGAUUGUAAUAGUUGGUUAAUGGUAAGAUGAACCCCCGAAUGUUGGGCCACUACCGGAUGCGGUAGAUGGUCGGAUCUCUGCUGGACGGCGAGACGUAACGCAACAGUUUAUCGAGUAUGUUGGGGUCAGUGUAGUCAAAAUCGCGCAUUAAAACGUAAAAACUUAC